UUUUAAAAACCCAAAACCUCAUUAAAUAGAUCUUAAAACCAAAAAAAAAAAACACAAAAUAAAUUCUACUUUUCUUUCAAAACCAAUCUCUCAUUAUCUCAAUCAUAUUCUUGUUCAAUCUCUUUUGAACUUGAAAAUCCUCUGUUUCAAGCUUCCCCAUUUUCUUCUUCUUUUGCUCAAAUCAAACACAAUAGUUAGGGUUUCUUUCUUUCUUAUACUCCACGAAAUGGAAGAAAGCAAUGAUCUUUUUCAGACCAACUUCAGUCCUAAAAUCUCAGAAAUCAGAGCAUCUCUGUCUCAGAUCAUAUUAGCAGGAGGACCAAACACACUCGACUCAAUCUUCUCACUUCUCACUCCCUCCACCGUAGAAUCCGCCGCAACAUCUUUCAACAAUCUCAAUCCUCAGCCACCGCCGCAGCUCGGCUCCUCCGUCUAUCUCCGGCAACGAGAUAUCAUUGAAAAAUUUCACCUUCAAAACAGAGCAAUCUCCAGUACCCAUCCUCCUCUGUUUUCCUCAUCGUUCGAUCAUCAUCAAACUUCCGAGCUAAUGCUCCAAGCGGCGGCCGGGACUCCAGCCGCCGCUUUCGCCGCUGCGUUAGCGGCUGGGAGGACGAUGAAAAAGAAGAAACUUUACAGAGGAGUGAGGCAGAGACAUUGGGGAAAAUGGGUUGCGGAGAUAAGAUUGCCGCAAAACAGAAUGAGGGUUUGGUUAGGGACUUACGACACGGCGGAAGCCGCCGCUUACGCUUACGAUCGCGCCGCCUACAAGCUCCGUGGAGAAUAUGCUCGUCUCAAUUUCCCGAAUCUCAAAGACCCGAGUGAGUUGCUCGGACUCGGAGAUUCCUCCAAGCUGAUAGCUCUCAAGAACGCCGUCGACGGGAAGAUCCAAUCCAUUUGCCAGAGAGUCAGAAAAGAGAGAGCAAAAAAGAGCGGGAAAGUGAGCAAGAACCCGUCGGCGACGGCGGAUUCUUCGUGUUUGUCAUCGCCGGAGAUUCUUUCGUCGUCUCCGGCGACAACGACUACGACUGCGGUUAAUUCAGAGGAUAGUUACUGGGUUUCGCCGAUGGGUUUGUGUAACAGCGAGAUUAGUUCUCCGGCAUCGGUUUCGGUUUCCGAUGAGAUUCCAGCGAUGACGACGGCGACGGCGGAGGAAGAGGCAAUGAUGGGAGUGGACACUGAUGGGUUCUUGCUAGCGAGAAUGCCAUCGUUCGAUCCAGAGCUUAUUUGGGAAGUUCUUGCCAAUUGAACUACGUACACAAAAACUGUGAAUUUUGAUCAAAAUUGCAACAAGAAGAAAAUACAAAACUUUGGAAUUAGGAAACCUGCAUGAUGAGAAAAUUAGGGUUUUAGGUGUGAAUUAAGGGUUUAAACAAAACUUUUGUUAAAAUCAUUCGAAAGUUGUUAAAUAAUAUAAUUAGGGUUUCUUGAUUACAAUCUAAAGCCUCGUGGUUUUUGAAAGAGGUUGUGAAAGCUCCUUUUUUUUGAAUUUCUAUAUCAUCGAAGGACUUUCUUUGUGAUUGUA